CUGUAUCUUUAAAAAUACUGCACACAAAUUCCAGAAAGCAGAGGCAAAAGAACCUCAAGCCACAUGGCACAUUUCGUACCGAAGCCGGACCUCUUUCGCUGGAAGAGGAUCACCAAGAAUGAAACGCAUACUAAGGCGAAGGUGAACAGAGAUGACAUUGAGCAAUGGAGGCAGACGGUGGAGUCCGCCUCGCAGCUGGCCAUAUCCCAGGUGCUCUGCGGCAGGCGGAGAGAAGUGCCCCGCGUGGGUAGGAGUGGCCAGGCCAUAGCUCUGCGUAACCAGGGGCAGCUCCGUGAUCACGAUGCCGCCUUCAGCGAAGCCCAGGCUCUGCUGAGUGACUGGAUGAACAGCAAACUGCGACUGGAGCUGGAGGUGGGAGAGGAUGAGGAUGAGAGAGACACUGACAGCCCGAUGUCACCUUCUGAACAGCCGGGAUUUCUGCAGUACACCAAUUUUGAUGACCUGCACUCACACCUGGAGCAGGAAGCAGACAGCUCCACAGCACACACACUCUUGCAGGAGCUCAUGCAGAGGACAGCAGUGGAUUGUGGGAUACUAGAAGAAUCCCUUCUGAAUACGGAGAGAGAGAAGAGGAAGCAGACAGACCCGCGCGUCACCAUGGAGAUCCGUCAUCAGCAGGUUCGAGAGAGACGGACAUGGCUGGAUGCUGAACGGGAGCAGAGAUACAGAGAGGAGGCAUUGACGAGGGAAGGGAGGAGAGAGAGAGGGAGGAAGGAGGGGAGUAGAGAGGCACACCAGCAGGACAGGAGGAGGCAGGAGGCUCUGCUGGAACAGGAGGUGGUGCGUUUGCGUAAAGAAAUGGAGGAGAAGAGGAGUUUGGAGCAGCGGAUGAGGUACAGUACCCAGAAACCCCUUCUCUGGCUGGUCCAGCCAACGUUCUGGUUCUAUUCCAUACAUGGAGGCCAUAAGACUGUGCUGUGCUCUGGCAGGGAGCAGGAGAGGAUGAACAGGAACAGGUCAAACCAUGUCUCCUCCCUGUCUGACCCGGGCCUCUCCCAGCACUCCCAGAAUUCCCAGUCUAGUAUGCAGCAGGACUGGCAGCGGCUGCACAGGAUGCAGGUGGCAGAGGCCAAAGCCCAGCUGCAGGGGCUGCGGUAUUUGCAGAGCCACUUCUCAGCCUGGCACCAGACGGUGCUGCAGCAGCGCCUGCGCAUGGGCAAGGCGGCGGCUCUCUCUGAUUGGAAGAAGCAGCAGAGAGCAUGGCGUGCCUGGCGUCUGCGGGUGUGGCAGCAGCAGGCACGGCGAGAGGCUGAGGGGGCAGAGGAAGAGCUCCGCGCUGACAGCAGGUGCUGCCAGGUGGCACUGGAGAGUAACCGACGUCGGCUGCUGAGGCGGGGCCUGGCAGAGUGGCAGGCCUGGUGCUGUGCUCGGCAGCAGCAGAGGGAUCUGCAACUGGGGCGGGAGGAGACGCGGCGCAAGAUGGCUGCCUUGGUCAGUGCGGCAGCAGCGGGAAAGCUGGGAGGGGGGCAGCCUUUGGCUCCACCCUCAAGACCUGCAGCGAUGCACUCCACGAGGCAGGCAGGGGACGCUGAUGUCCUACCCACACAGCACAGUGCCCCCUGUUGGCUGGACGGGGAUGCGCUGGGCAAUGGGCUAAUUUGCCAACAACAGCAGGAGGGCAUCAGCAUUAAGCAGUCUGUCCAGAAGGAGGAGAGUCAGAAGCAGAGAAUGCUAGGAUUGAAGCGGGAAGCCAAUCAGGAGCAGGACACCGAAGGGUCCAGCAAGCAGAGGUUCCUGAGGCAAACCAGAAUCUCCCGAGCAGUACCCAGAAUCCUCCAGGUUCCCUCUACCCAUCCCCACCCUGUGGUCAGAGCUAUGGAACAGCGUGCCAAGCUGCGGGCAGAGCGACAGAGGGAGGUGCAAGAGAUGAGGAAGAGGAGGGAGGAGGAACAGCUUAAGCAGCUGAGAGCAGCAGAGGAGGCACAACAGAGGGAAGAGGAGGAGGAGAAGCAGGCUGUGCUGGAAAGGAAGAGGGAGCAGAGGAGGCAGGAGAGGGAAAGGCAGCUGGAGCGCCAGCACAGGGCAGAGAGAAGCCGCCAGCUGAGUGCCAAGGCGCUGCAGUACCGCUGUCGUGCCCUGCUGCUGCUUCACGGCCUGGCACCAUGGCGACGGCUGCUGGAGCUCCGGCGCUGCCAGGAGCAGCUGGCCAUAGAGCACCAUGGCCGCUCGGUCCAGAGGGCAUUCCUGCUCUCCUGGGUUCGACUUAUGAGUGAGUGCCAGGCUGAGAGGGAGGCGCGUGCCGACCACUUCCACAAGCACCUCCUGCUACGGAGGGGCCUUGGAGGCUGGCUGAAACUGAAGAACCUGGCCUUGACCCAGACGCUGCGAGCUGAUGAGUUCUUCCGUCUUGGGACCCUGAGGAAGACACUGGCAGCGCUGCUGGUUCACAUGACCCGAGAAAAGCUGGUUGCCUGCGAGCAGGAACGCCGAGCCUCGGAGUACAGUGACAGGCGGGUUGUGCAGCGCUGCGUCCAGGCCUGGCAGACCCUCCCCGGGCUGCUGCGUAGGGAGCGGGAGAGAGAGCAGCGGCGAUGCCGGCUGCGCAAGCGGGUGGCUGAGAUUCUGCCCGACUUCAGGGCCUUGUCCGCAGCAACUUCCUGGGACCUGGGGGUCCCAAGCCACUCUGACUUUUGACCCCCAGCAGCUGGCAGUUCGACUAAAGACACAAGCUGUUUUCAAAGCACACUGCUGAUUUAUUAGACUGGCAGGAUACAAAGCAGAAAGGACCCCCCCCCCCAAGAGCGGAGGUGACUGUGGGAUAUCCAUGUCAGGGCCAGGCUGCAGAUCCUUCUCUCUCGUAUGAAGGUGCCACGCUGUGUCUCAUGGCAGCAUAGAACGA